AGUCCAUCGACGACCCUUAUCACACCAUACGAGUUUCCUUGUAUCUGGAGUUCAAUCAUAUCAAUUAAAGCAUCAAGACACAGGUUGUCUUGAUCUUGUUAUCGUCUGGAGGCAUCUGCCAUCACAUCCGGCAUCAUCUCCUUCCAAUUAGCGACUUUCAAAUACCCAAAAUGCAUAUGCGUCUCGUCACGGUUCUUGCAGCCUUGACUGCCUUCUCCGCAACAGGUUCUGCGGAUCAAGUUCCCAUAGAGCCAGCAAAGAAAGACCUCAGUAUCCCGCCCAUCGGUUUAGGAUUAUGGAACUCCAAGGAUAAAGAUGCAUCCAAAGCAGUCGAAUAUGCCUUCAAAGCAGGCUACAUCCACCUCGACUCAGCCGCCGCCUACGGCAACGAAGACUACGUCGGCGAGAGUCUCAGCGCGUCCAAAGCACCAUCCCGCAAAUCAUACUGGGUAACUUCCAAGCUAUGGAACACUGCACACCAGCCCAAACUCGUCGGCGAGGCUCUCAACAAAACCCUCUCCGACCUCUCCAUCCCGUACCUGGAUCUGUACUUGAUGCACUGGCCCGUCGCCUUCUUACCGGACCAAGGUGGCCGCUCCGUAGUCGACCAGGACACCACUAUCCUCGACACGUGGCGGGCAAUGGAAGAUCUCGUCCGCGCUAACUUGACGAAACAUAUCGGCGUGUCCAACUUCAGCCCACGCCAGCUCGACGAGGUUCUCAAGAACUGCGACAUCUGUCCCUACGCGCACGAAUUCGAAACACAUCCUUACCUCCAACAGCAGGAUUUUGUGGACUGGCACCAGAAGAACAACAUCACCGUCAUUGCGUACAGUCCACUCGCCAAUCUCAACCCCACGUACAAAGAUAAGUAUCCUGACAUCGGUUCGAUCUUGGACGAUCAUUUCUGGAAGAAACUCGCCAAGAAGAAGAAUGUCACUGUCGCGCAGGCCAUUUUGGCUUGGGGCAUCCAACGAGGAACCGUGGUGAUCCCGAAGAGCGUGCACGAAGUGAGGAUCAUCGAGAACCUGGGAAGCGUCAACGUGACGUUCUCAAAGAAGGAGAUGAAGAAGAUUCUGGCGCAUGAUAAGAGGGCGAGGUUCAACAACCCCUCAGAGGACUGGGGCGUCAAGCUAUUUGAAGAACUCGAUGAUGGGACAACCCGAUUGAUGUGGGCACAAGACCUAUGAUUUUGGACUCUUUGAAAAUACGAAUUGAAAGGAUUCUCGGGCAGGGAAUCACUCUAGCUGACCGCGUGAACAAU